CUACUUCCGCCUUACUUCCGCUUGUCCGGAACUUCAUUUGCGCAUGCUUAUUGGAUUCGCGAGCAUUCGCUUCACGUGAUCGAUAACCUGUGAGCACCCGAUUGUGGUUUUUCAUCUCCAAAAGGUUAGACAGCUUCGGGUCUUCGCUUUGCUGUAGCCAUGGUGUGCAUCCCUUGCAUUGUCAUCCCUGUUCUGUUGUGGGUCUACAAAAGGUUCCUAGAGCCCUUCAUCUAUCCUUUCAUUUCACCCUUCAUCAAUACAUUUUGGCCUAAAAAAGCAGUCCAAGAGUCCGGCACCGGUGACCCAGCUAUGGGUGAGAGGUGUAAUAAGGCAUCCAAGGGGCUUGAACACAAUGGAGAGGUUACAGCUAAUGGAUCCACUGUCGCGGGCGAUAAGAAGACAGACUAAUCCUUCUAACUGCUUGUCAUAUCACAUCUAUACAACUGUAAAUAUUUCUAAUACUGGAUUCAUAAUGUUAUAGAUGCCAUUUAUUAGAUUAGUAAUUCUGUCACAAUUCUGAAUAUUACAUCUUAUAACAUUUUUUUAUCAAGGUCAAACAUGAUGUUGAAGAAAAUAAAUUAUGUAUAUAAAGUGAAUUAAUGUGUAUUAAUUUCAGACUUCUUAUGAAAUGAAGGCAACAAAAUGUCCUCAAGAAACAUUAUUUUGGACUACUUUUAACAGGUUGAGAUUUUCUUGUGUGCGUGUCAAUUUUCAACUUAUUUGAUUGUGAAUGGUUAGUGUUCUCUGCGGUUGUAUAAAAAGAAGUAUCCUCGAGCACGAUAUAAAAACAAGCUCUGCAUUAUA